ACUCCGUUACGCGCAGAGAAUCUAAAUAUUGUUCACAUUUUUCACUAAGUACACCUGGGCGUCUGCAAUAAUCAUUCUGUUACUCACUCCCCCCUUCCAGUACCAAGUCCCCUCACAGAGACAUACCUAUAAUCUCAGGGAACACCAGGCACAAUUAUCGAUCGGCGGUCAUGGUGUUCCCUCUAGGUGCAAGUUCGGAUCAGCAGGAAGCGUUGCCAUGCCAACGAUCUUCUCCAGCCACUGACCUAAUAUCGUCAACACCACAAUAUGAAAGUGUUGGAGUUCAUGCAAUAUCUCUAACCCAGCUCUACUUAUAUCUCCGCAUUACCUAUGCGAGUCAAACCUGAUAUCUGUCAUGUCAUACUGAAUCUACAUCCCUGAAACCCAGCUGAAUCAAGCAUUACCAACACCAUAUCUAUAUACACCAGCGGCAACGAGAAUGGCUCGACUGAACACAACGAGUCCCGUCAAGCAAGGCGGCCUUCGUGAGAACACAACCAGAUCUGUUCGAAAACUGAAAUCAAAUACGAGCUCGGUCUUCUCAAGUAAAUUCCGCGACACCUCGCCCACGCCGAAGGUGGGAGACAAAUCGGGGACGUUAUUUGACGAGCCGGAGUUCAAACGCACGACUUCAAGAACAACGACGACGAGCGAUAAACCCGUCCAUCGGCAGAGAAAGUUGCAGAGGAGCGGAACCAUCUCGAGUGGGACGUUUAAUAUUUUUUCCGACAGUGAUGGACUGAGUGAUCGGGAGGAUCUUUCUUUUGCUUCAACUACACGGUCUUCGGACACACGUUCCUCGACUGAAGGGCGUACUAGUGAUCCAUUGCAGUUGGCGCGAGCUAACUCGCUGCUGAUGCCGCAGUCGAGGCAGUCGAGGAGUAGGUCGACGAGGAAAUCGGAGUUGUAUGAUUAUACCAAGGAGAAUUAUCCUGUGGAGGAGGUUGUGGAGGAUUUUUCUGCUUCAACUACCUCUACUACCUCUUCUACAUCCUCUAUUAGUCGGAACCCGUCCGAUGCCUCAUCGAUGCGGCGGUCCCCUGCCAGGAGGGUUGUUCGCCAGACGCCUGCUCGCAAUAAGAACAGCCGGCAGUUUAGGGACUAUCGCCAGCCGAUUAAUAGGUCCGAGGACGAGGAAAGCGAUGAUGGCUUCAAUUCUUUGGAUGAUUUCAUUGUCAGUGAUAAUAAUGAGCCUAGCACCCAUGAGACAUCCGGGGGCGAGUCAGAACACGAAGAGGCCGCAAAGGCGCCUUCUCCCCCUAGAACCAAAAGGAGACUGGUUAGGGGCAGACGGCCGAACCCGGAGGAAGAGAUCAAGAAGGCCCUUGAGAGCUCACAGCAUAACAGUCUUCGUCUAGAGCCAUCCCUACCAGCUGCAGUCUCAAUGCCUUCCGCCGCCCCUCAGGCUAGUCCAAGAAAGCUCUUCAGGAACACUUCCAAUAUCGCCGAGAAGAUGAACAAUCUGGAUCUGGAAGAUGACGAUACUGUUGCCGAUGAAGGUACCGCUGACGAAGCUACUGCCGACGAAGCUCCUGUUGAAGAAAAUGCUACCGUCGAGGUUGAUGAAGAUGAAGAUGAUCCGUCUUAUCAACUUCAACAAGAUUUGGACAACUUUCUGGGAGCAUUUGAGCCUCGCCUCCAAAGUAACAAUGAACAAGUGAAUGUGAAAACACCACCGGCCAGCCCCUCCAAAAGCACCCUGAAUUCACCUACAAAAGGAAAGACUCGAAUUCCACCCACACCGUAUCGUGAGAGUGAUGAAGCUUUUUGGUGCCAGGAAACUACAAACAACUGGAUCGACCAGCACUCGCCACGCAAAUUACAAAACUUCCUCCAGGAUUUCGAAGAGUCAGGCAACGAGGUAGAUUCUGACAUCUUGCCUAGAAACAAAGCAACACAGAAACCAGCCAAAGCUCCUAGCAAGACAGCUCUGAAAAGGGCAGAGAUUGAGAAGAAGAAGGCGGCCCUUGCGCGUAGAAAGUCUUUUGAUAAUAGAAAAGCCGCUGUCGCGGAAGAUUUCUUCAAAGUCUUAGAUGACCAUGUCACUGGCGGUCGGAUCCAAGAGAUGACAGAGGAAACUGGUGGUAUUCAGAUCAUCUGGAGCAAGACUCUCCAAACCACUGCUGGACGGGCGAACUGGAAGCGGGAGAAGGUGCGGACGGAGGGUGAGAUGUCUGGAGCAGAUGGAGCACCCUCGCCAAAGCACCAUGCUAACAUCGAACUGGCUGAGCGGAUCAUCGACGACGAGGACCGCUUGCUGAACACACUGGCCCAUGAAUACUGCCAUCUGGCCAGCUUUAUGAUCUCCAAUGUUCACAAUAAUCCCCACGGACCAAGUUUCAAGCAAUGGGGACUUAAGUGCAAAGAAGCCCUGAAGUAUCACCCCGUCUAUGGCGGACGAUUCGAAGUAACGACUAAGCACAGCUACAAGAUUGACUACAAGUACGUGUGGAGCUGUGUGGACUGCGGCCAGACAUACGGACGCCAUUCAAAGAGUAUCGACACCACUAAAUCUCGAUGCGGGAAGUGCAAAGGUCUUCUCCAGCAGAUCAAGCCGAAGCCCAGGAAUGUCUCGCCCCGGAAGAAGCAACCCCUUGGAGAUGUCGAGAAACUAGCCGUGGAUGACGUUGCGAACGUACUGGGGGAGAUCAACUUGCGUAACUGACACUCAUAGCUGUUUGGAUAAAGCGGUCAUUGGAAGGUGUUGAUGGAAUUGAUUGUCUCUCAUUAUAUAUACACAUUUCGGGAAAUUUUGCCUGUCAUUUCAGCGUUCAUUUGGUGACGAUAUAUCUGUCUAUGAUGUUCUUUCUCUCUUUAGCGAUGAUAUGUCUGUCUGCCUCUCAUUUACGUGGGAUAUUACGCCUUCU